AUGACUGACCACACGGCAAGCUCAGCUAGUACGCAAGGCGCGUUGGUUAAUGGUGUCCACGAUGUCGCCGAGGUCCCGUGGUAUGCCGCAUUCCCGAAACCGCGUGACGAUCCCAAGGCCAUCGACCAGAAGUCAGUGCUGCAGCUGUUGAAGAGUCACCCACCGAGCGAAAAUCUCAAGGGUGGCACCAUCUCCGGCUCUAUCAACCUUCCAGCACAGAGCCUCUGGCCGAGCAUUCCGGCACUAUAUAGCAUCUUCAAGGCCGCCGGUGUGCGACGGGUAAUUUGGUACUGCGGGUCGUCGUGUCACAGAGGCGCCAGGGCUGCCGGGUGGUUUGGGGAUUAUCUCGCUGAGCAGCAUGACUCCGAGAUGAUGAGCCUGGUUCUCACUGGGGGUGUCAACGCGUGGGCAGCCAGCGGAGGCGAGCACGUGCGGUUGAUGGAGGGCUACGACGAGUCAGUAUGGCCAUAG